ACAGAAACUCGCAAGAACCAAGGGCAAAAACAGGAAAAAAUAACUUCGGUCCCCACAUCGCCGCCCACCGCCUGCCUAACGCACCGUGUCGACCGCUCCACCACACGUAGGAGGAAGGGAGCCGGAGAAGCCCAGCCAGCCUCCUCGCCGCCAGCGAGCUGCCGUGCAAUGCCGCAAUAGGAAUCACGAAUGUCCCGAAGGUGCCAACCUCCGUCUGCGUCGCGGUAUAAUCCAAUCGAAUCCAUCCGUUUGUGGGACUUGGGAAUUCCAUUCGUCUUCAGAUCAGGUAGAAUUUGUCAGGCUGGUGAGUGAUUCACUUGAGCUCGUGUUGGAAGAGGCAAUUGUCUAGUGACAAAGUCACCACUGCGUCGUCCCAGGUUCAUUUGCUCGGUUCUGAUGAGAGUGGUGGGUUGCAGACUGGUUUCAUUCCACUCCUCUGUGUUCCGAUUUCCGAAGCCUGAUGGAGAGAAGGACUCUGUCUUCUCUAACAUUCCUCUCUGAAGUCUGAACCAGUCUGUAGAUAGACCAUCAUAAAGAUUCAGGCUUUGUGCUUAUAUAAUGGAAGAGAGGAGUGUUUUGACCCAGCGUUAUGAAAUCGGGAGGCAAUUAGGACAAGGCACCUUUGCAAAGGUAUACUAUGCUCGCAAUCUAGCAAAUGGUCAGUCUGUUGCCAUAAAAAUACUCGAUAAGGACAAGAUCUUGAAGGUUGGUCUGGUGGAUCAGAUAAAGAGGGAGAUCUCGAUAAUGAGAAUUGUAAGGCAUCCGAAUGUUCUGCAGCUUUUUGAGGUAAUGGCUACCAGGAGCAAGAUUUACUUCGUUCUGGAGUACGCUAAAGGCGGUGAGCUUUUCAACAAAUUAGCCAAGGGGAAGCUUAGUGAGGAGGGGGCAAGGACAUAUUUUCACCAGUUGAUCUCUGCUAUAGAUUAUUGCCACAGUAGAGGUGUUUACCAUCGUGACUUGAAGCCUGAAAAUCUACUAGUGGAUGAGUAUGGGACCCUUAGGGUCUCUGAUUUUGGUUUAAGUGCGCUAACCAAGUCAAAGUGGCGAGAUGGUCUGCUCCACACCGCAUGUGGAACUCCGGCUUAUGUUGCUCCGGAAGUGCUCAGCAGGAAAGGCUACAAUGGUGCAAAGGCAGAUGUAUGGUCUUGUGGAGUGAUUCUGUUUGUUCUUGUUGCCGGUUAUCUUCCUUUCCAUGAAAGAAACCUUAUGGAGUUGUAUAGAAAGAUUGCUAAGGCUGAGUACAGAUGCCCUCGUUAUUUUUCCACUGACCUGAAGGAGCUCCUUAGUGGGAUCCUUGAUCCAGAUCCUAAUACUAGAAUGUCCAUCGCAAGGAUAAAGAGAAGUCCUUGGUAUAGGAAGCCGGUUGAGAGAACACCACUGAGAAAAGACAAGACUUAUGCGAGCGAAGCUGCUGCGUCUGGCCUUCCAUGUCGCAAGAGUUCCGAUGGACCGGCGAGCAUGAAUGCAUUUAAUAUCAUUUCCCUCACUCCUGGGUUCGAUCUAUCUGGUUUGUUCGAUGAAAGAUAUAGCCAAAGGGAGGCACGAUUUGCUUCCAAUGAGCCGCCAGCAGCUGUAUUUGUGAAGCUGGAGGAACUUGCCCAACGCAUGAAGCUUAAAGUUACAAAGAAAGACAAUGGAGCGAUGAAAUUGGCCGCGCCGAGGGAAGGAAAGAAGGGUACUCUUGAGUUUGAAGCAGAAAUCUAUGAGCUCGCGUCGUCUUUUCUCUUAGUCGAGUUGAAGAAGACCAAUGGUGACACUAUGGAGUACCAGAAACUGUUGAAAGAAGACAUUAGGCCGUCACUCAAGGACAUUGUUUGGUCAUGGCAUGGCGAUGUUCAGCAGCAGGCGCAGCUACCUCAGGAUCCACAGUGGCCACCACCGCAGCAGGCACAGCAACCUCAGGAUCGACAGUGGCCGCCGCCGCUCCCACCACAGCGGUUAGAACAUUUAGCUGCAAAUGCCCCACCGCCACAAUAAUCUAACUGAAAUCACUAUCGAACACACACAUAUUUCAUGGUGAGACCCAGAACCAUAUUUGCCUAUUAGAUUAGUAAAUGUGCUUGCAGUUCUCACGUAGAUGUCUACCAUUGUUGGAAAUGAAGGCUCGGCUUUUCCCCAUUUCUGUAAAAUUGUUUUUGAAUAUACAGAAAUGGUGCCUCUUCAGAUUGUUAUCGCUGCAGAAAACAGUGAUUUGUAAUUUUGGGGUAUAAUGAUGGUUGCAUUUAAGUUCUGUAGGAUUCUCCUAUUGGGUUGUUUUA